CGAGAUCAAUCACAGCUUCGUUCCGAAAGUGCAUAUCCACUGGCAAACCAGAUCCGCUCAAAGCAGAGUGGGAUGAAGAGAUUGACGUGGAGAGCGUUGACAGAUGGGAGCCCGCGGCGCGCAGGGCAGAGAUGAUGAGGAUGGAUCAUGAAGCCCCAGUGCAGCGCAAGCUGACCCGCAGCCCGAAGUGCGCUCGCUGCAGGAAUCACGGAGUCGUGUCGCGCCUCAAGGGCCACAAGCGCUUGUGUCGCUGGCGGGACUGUCAGUGCGUGAACUGUCUGCUCGUUGUAGAGAGACAGAGGGUGAUGGCAGCGCAAGUCGCUCUCAGGAGACAGCAGGCCACAGAGUGUAAAAAAGGUAAAAAAAAGACCUUCCUUCUCAAGCGCAAAGCCUACCAGCGCUACACGAGGGCACCUAGUCUCCUGGCAAAGAGUAUUCUAGAGGGUUACAAGCCACCAAUGCUAGAGGAUUGGCCAAAGAAACUCCACAACCCACCAGUUAGUGUUCGGAUGAGGAAGAGGAAAGCAUUUGCUGAUAAAGAGCUGGAGAGUGUGAUGCUGGAAAGAGAGCUAAGGCAGAAAGAGAUGGAGGAGUUCCCUGCAUUCCUCCUCCAGGCUGUGAUGCCCUCCACACCAUACUUUAUCCCACUUUCAGACCCAAUCAUGCCCACAUACAUGCCUGUUUCCAAAAGUGGCCUACCUUUGAUAGACUGUGCUCUUUUCCACUACCCACAUGUGCUUAAAUCCAAGACUCAAGACUGCUCAGACACACUGGCAGAGAGUGUCUCUCUAAGAGUAUGUGAGAACUGGAAUCUUUUCACUGUGAGAGAGUCAAGUCCGGAAUCUCUGCCAUAUCCAUCGAUUCAACCUCCACCAAAUUGCUACAGUGCAAGUCCAGGUGUUGAUGUGAUAAAAACCAUGCUGGAAAGCAGUUCUGCUGAUCUGUCUGCUGCCAAGCCAAAAAGAUUUACUGUUGACACUAUACCAAAACAAGACAUUCCUUCCUCACUGACUAUGGCUGAUGUCUUGGAACAAGCUAAAUCACCACACAAAUGCAGGAAGUCUUUGGGACAGGGGGCUUCUGUACGUAUGGACAUUGUGGAGGGUGCAAAUCAAGACUCCAUCAAAAAAGCUGUAACACAGCCAUUACCCUUUUCUGUCGAAGCAUUGCUCAUGAGAUAGUAAUAAGAGCAACUUUCAAUUUUUUUUCACUGGAGAGCAAAAUUAUUUUCUUGUGAGGCAGUAUAAUAAAACAAGUUUGAAUUUUUAGUCAACAUUUGGUUUCUUUAUUACUAAACUUUUGGGCUUGCCAAAGCAUUAAUAUAUAAAAUAUA